AUGACCUCCAAUCCUAGCAGACGGUUGACAGUAAGUCUUCUUCUUUUCUGCAUCGCAACACUUGCGAUUGCAGGACAAGGACAUGGGUCCGUGGUCGGUGCACAAUCUGUACCAUCAUCACCAGGAGGUUACUAUCAAGCCAAUCAUGACGAUGAAACUUCCUCCUCCUCCUCCUCCUGUCAAGAUCCAUUGUUGGUUCGAGGCGGAGACAGUGCCUUUGAAUCCAAAAUCAGCGACUUUUUAUCGCAAAAGGAUGUCAGCAUGGAAAAGUUUCAUGUCCACGGAUGGAGGUGGCAUACCAUGUCGCUCGUCCGAGAAGCUGGACGUCUCAAGAAGCUUGCACAACGAUCUUCCUCCAAGGAUGGUUGUCGUCCAAUCAAGCAGGCUGUUGACUACGUUGUUGGGUUCAACAUGAAAGGCCUCCACAAGAUCGAAGCCGAUUUGUUCUUUCCUUGGAUGCGAAAGAAGCUGACGUCUGUGGACCAAAAGGAUCUUGCACAAGCCUUUGGAUCUGUCAUGGAUCAACUGGAACGGGAUCGCAAAAGAGUGGCCAAGUUGGGAGAAUCUAUUCAACAACAAGUUAGCUUGCUCUGUGACGAAUCCAAAGCACUGACACUGCGUGCAGAUGCUGUCAUCAGCAUUGCCCGAGAUGCUGCUGAACUGGAGACUGUUGCCCGUACCAUGAUGGAAACUGAAAACACUCUGUUGGUUCCAUCAGUGGCUGAAGUAGUUCCAGAAGGUGAACAAAAGUCGUUUAAUAACAAAGUACUUCGCAAUCUAGGGAUUCUCGAUUCGCGUCUGCAUCUGGUUGGCAUGCAUGAAGCCGUGUGGGAAUCCAACAUUACCAAGGAGAAGGAAAUGUUCAAGAAAGCCAUUCCAUCUAUCCCACAAGGAUUGAUCCCACGUUGGAAGCGAAACCUGUACAUUCCCAAAACAAACGUUUUGGAUGAUGUAUGA